CGGAGAGAAAGAAAGGAAAUCCUGGAAAGUUGCUGAUUGAAGACUCCUGGACUGGUCAGAAGCCUUUCCAGCAGGGAAAAUGGAAGAAACCACCGUGGACAUUGACACUCUUAUUGAUGAGAUGGACUACAUUCCUGGUCACUUUCAUCUAGAUAUGAAUUUAAAUUUUGAAACAUCUGCACCAAUCAGCUUCCAAGGGAGAGACUUGAAGCUGAAACGAGAAAGUCUACUUUACGAGUUGGAGUUUGAAACUGGCUCACAGCAAUAUGCCAUUCAAAACCUUCUCGGGGUAUUUUCCUUUUACCUGGAGGAAGUGGAGCAAGCCAAGGAGAUUUUUCUGCAUAUCACUCAAGAACAGCCUGAGAACUUAAACGCUUGGGCCAACCUGGCCUACAUUUAUGACAGGCUGAGCCAGGAGCAAGACGAGGUUGAAUGCACUGAGCAGCUCUCCAACUUAAUGGGCUUGGAUUCAGAAGACAAGCUGCAGGGGAAUCACCAGGACAGGGCAGCUCGUUGCCUGGCUGAACAGGGCUAUGCUUAUGCCUUUGAUAUCAGGCUAACAAACGAAGAGGAGAAGAUGGAGAAACUGACUGUAGGUCUCACUCUCUACAGCAAGGCUCUGGCUUAUGGAAAGCAGAUCCCUUUAGAGGAAAAAAGAAGCUGGUACUUUGCCAUGGCCACUCUGCAUAUCAGACUAGAUGGGGUGUGGAUGAACAAAGGUGAGGAUGAGAAGAAGAGACUGACAGCUUUCAACAGAACUCUGGUUUUGCUUCAACAAGUACUGAAGUCAUCUAAUCUACACUACAGAGCCUUAGCCUGGUGCUAUCUUGGGAUGCUACUAGAAAGGAAAUAUUCUUUCUCAACUACUCCCCUGGGCAUUAAUGACUGUGGUUAUGCUGGAACCGAUCCCCUGGAUUGCUUUGGAAAGGCAAUAGAGGUUGCUAGAGAUAAUCCGCCUGUUCUCAACCGCCUGUCAAAAAUCUUCCAUUUCCUUGGCAAGCUAGAGAUGGCAAUGGCAGUUUGCAACAUGGCUCUGGAUGUAAUCCCUGAUCCAGGACUUAACUGGCAGGCAUAUUGUAUGCGUGCUAAGAUGCUGAUUAAACUGUACUUACGGGACGUGGAACGUGUGAAGAUAGGCUUGGCUGAAAUGCCAGACCAGAGCAACCUUUUGGGGGCCAAAGUUGAUCUUGAAAAAGUCAUCAAAGUCCACCCCUGCCUGAAAACUUACCUUGAUCUUGGCCAGGUGUAUUACUACCUGGGAGUAGAUGCUAUGCAGGAGCUUUUCCUUGUGGAUGAAAACGCCCUCAACAAAGCCCUUAUACUCUUUGCUAAAGCCAUGGAAUUAGACCUGGGAAACGUCUCGUCUGAACUCCAGGUGCUGAAAGGGAAAUGCCUUUGGAUGAAAAACGAGAUGCUGGAAGCUAUGGAGUGCUUCAAGCAGGCCAUAGAGCUGGACGAUGUGGGUUCCACGCACAGAGAGAGCUUCCGGUGCUUAAUGGAGCUGCUGCUUACCCUGUAUGCUCAGAAGAGGAUCAACAUGGAGAUGCUAAUGAAGGAGGUAGAGCUGUGGGUGAAGAAGGCGGAAGAGAAAUAUCCGAACCAGCAAGUGCAGCAGGAACUUCGACUGGUCUGUCGGCAUCACACCAGUGAGGUGCUUGAACUUUCCAAAGCUAUGCUGGCUCGAGGGAAGACCGAACUGGUGAAGCUGCUUUUUGAGACCAUGAAAUGUGAUUUUAAUCGAGCCAGGCUAAGUGAACGUUCAUUCUCUUUUUGACCUGCUGCUAUCUCUUCAUUUAUCUACUACCCUAAUAGUUAAACUCUCUUCAUUAGGCAGAAAGAAACUAUGUGUUUGGGAGCCAUAAUGCUUUCUACAGACUCAAAUACCUAAUGUACCUUUGGAGAAACCAGAGUUAUGGUGAUCUUCAGAAAUGGCUGUUCUUUCUCUCUGUGUGUCUUUUUUAAAAAAAAAUAAUACAUUCAAAAAUAUGGGUGCGUUGAAUCUUGUGCAUAUAGAAGUGCUUGUGCAUGAUCUUCAUUUGCAUUGAAGCAAAAUUAGUGUACAAGUUUUUAAACCUAAGCAAAUUCUUACAGGAGUCAGACAAGAUGUCAGAGAAAAGAGGGGAAAGAACAAAGAAAUUAUGAAAAAUAAGUGAAAUGUUUAAGCCAGGGAAUCUGUACUUUACACAGUGCUGAUACUGUACCACAGCCUCCAUCUUAAGACUGAUUUUGAACGGCAGAUGAAAAUUGGUUCUUUAGCAAUAGGAAAAGCACUUAGACUUAUAUACUGCUUCACAGCCCACUCUAAGCGGUUUAAAGAGUCAGCAUAUUGCCCCCAACUAUCUGGGUCCUCAUUUUAUCAACCUCGGAAGGAUGAAAGGCUGAGUCAACUUUAAGCUGGUCAGGAUCAAACUGCUGGCAGUCAGCAGAAUUAGCCUGCAGUACUGCACUGUGCCACCACAGCUGUUUAACAUACCUUUAGACAAAAAUGUCUGAAGAUUUCUGAUUUAUGCUGCAGUCCCAUUUAUGCCUCCAGGUAACUAACGCUCCUUCAAACUGAGCCUGACUUCUAAUAUCUAUGUUGUUUUCCUAACCACAUCAUAGAAGUGAUUGACCUGUCUUCUUCCAAGAGUACUUUUGACUUCCCAGUCUAGCUAAUGGCUCCUAUAUUUCCUAGUGGCCCUUCAGUCUAAGUGCUAAGCAGAUCCACCCUGUUUAUCUCUUUGGUAUCUACUUGAAGCUAUUCUAAUAGUAAUGUAAUGAAUACCAUUGCAGUUUCCAUUGUUUAGCAGAUUACAGGUCAUUGAUGUGGAAAAGGAGUUAAAAUGUAGAACAGGGAUAGAGAAUCUGCAGCCCUCAUAGAAAGAACUACACUAUCCAGUAGCCAUACCAGCCAGUAUGUCCAUAGGUGAUGCUAAGAGUUCAGUAACAGCUGAAUUGCCACAGCUUCUUAUGUGGGUUAGAAGCCAAUUAAGAAUCUUGCUCUCUUGAUUUGAAUGAGAUAGCUAUUGUUAUUCCAAGAAGGGAACAGGUAUAGCAUUGUGUAGAGAAGACACAUUUUGUGCUACCUAGAAUUAGAUAUAAAAAGAAACCUGUUAUUUGUUUGAUAAUUUAGGGACUUUGAUGUGCAAGGUUUCUGUUUAGAUCUUUAGUAUAUGGAAUAUCUCUUUUGCUUCCGUUUAUAUUCUAUAACAUUUGUAAUUCAUUUUAAAAACGUCAUAAUUCUCCAGUGACUCCUUCCCCAAGAAAAUCAAGCCCAGGCAGCUGGAACUUUUCACCAACUUGUCAGGAAACAGAGAACAUAAAACUCCACUAUCAUAUACUUAAAUUAGAAUGUAUUUAUUGGAAGAAAAUGAUGAUUGUAAACAUUUUAAUUUUAUUCAAAUGGCAAACUAACUUGUGCAUGUCAACUCAAAAAGAAAAUUCUGUGAUCUUCAUUCUAGUAUCAGAAUAUGACAAUUGCAGCAUAAACUCCAUGGAUAUAAAAAUUUCCGGAGCAAAAGAUCCCUUGGCUAACACCCUUUCUUGGUCUGACCUGAGGUGAAAAAAUUAUAACUCAUUACACUUUUAAGCUAUCUCCAUUUAAUGUUUAAUUAUAUACAGUACAUAAACACAAGUAAGAAAUAUUUUUCAAAUGCAAGCUACACCUACUUGAAUAUGUAAAACACCCUUCCCCACAGAUAAUAUAUGAAUCAGCUAAUA